AAAAAAAAAACCAUGAAUAGAGGAACUCUUGUAUUGGAUAUUGACGAGGCUGAAUACCUUUUGGAUCAAUUAGGUGCACCUGAUAAAGAUGAAGACAAGUUAGUUACAAAGUUAAGAAAUAGAUUAGCUUUAUUUUUAAAGGAAAUUCGUGAAGGAGCUGAAGGUGCAGGAAAAAGAGAUUAAAUAAGGCCUAGAAUUUGAGUCCAUUUCAUUAUAUGAAUAAAAAAAAAUAAAAUAAAAUAAAAUAAACUUUUUACUUCUUCUUCU